GUACGCUUCUUUGUUCAAAACAAUCCUGAAAAGGAUGAUCUUUGGCAGCUUGCUAAACAUAGUCGAUUUCGAGACACAUUCUGUGUAUAUUAGACAUUGGUUUUUAAAACACACGUAUGUCUACGUGUUAACCCGUUUUAAUUUCACAUAUUUAGUUAGCUAGCUAACAUCCUCAAGCAUGAGCGCACUAAGCUACUCCCCCCCUUCUAAAGAAGAGGAGGUCUGCUGCACGGUGAAAGAAGCUCUGGGGCUGAACAUUGUCGUAAAAGAAGAAGAGGAGGAUAUUAGAGUGAAAAGACACGGGGGUGAGGAAGAGGAUGCAGUUUUUGGAGUGAAAGAAGAAGAAGAGGAGGAGAAGGAGGCUGUCACAGCCAAAGAAGAGAAGGAAGAAGCUUUCAGAAUGAUGAAGGAGGAAGAGGAGGCUAUCACAUUGAAAGAAGAAGAGGAUGUUAUAGUGAAAGUAGAGGCAGAACCUUUUAGAGUGAAAGAGGAAGAGGACGGUAUCUCAAUAAAAGAGGAAGAUGUCUUGGGAGUGAAGGAGGAGGAGGAGACAGAGACUGAAGAUCUGAUUGACACCAGAGAGAGACCAGACUCUCACUCUGACAGCGGGAAGAGUCCUUCAGUGGAACCAGACCCAGAGACGCCCAAACCAGCAAGACAACACCACUGCUCCCUCUGUGGAAAGAGUUUUUGGUGGUUAGGGCACCUUAGGCACCAUAAGAGAACGCACACAGGGGAGAAGCCAUACCACUGCUCCCAGUGUGGAAAGAGAUUUACUAUGUUAGGGAACCUGAAACAGCAUGAGAGGACACACACUGCAGAAAGGCCUUUCAAAUGUUCCAAGUGUGGAAAGAGUUUUACAUGGUUAAGGUACCUGAAUAAGCAUGAAAAAAUACACCUAGUAGGGAGGAAGACCUGCCAAUGCUCCCAGUGUGGAAAGAGAUUUACUACUCUAGGGUACCUGGAAACACACAAGAGAAUACACUCCGGAGAGAAGCCUUACCAAUGCUCCAAAUGUGGAAUGACUUGUAACCAGUUAGGGAACCUGAAAUCACAUGAGAGAAUACACACUGGAGAAAAACCCUUCCAAUGCUCCCAGUGUGGCAAGAGAUUUACUGGUUCAAGGAACCUGAAAUUGCAUGAGAGAAUACAUAUAAAUAAACAUACAAAUACACAGGAGGGGAAGAAGGAGGAGAAGACAUACCACUGCUCUCAUUGUGGAAAGACAUUUUCCCGGUCAGAGGACCUGAAAUCACAUGAGAGAAUAGAGAGGCUGUGUUCUGACUUGUGUUUUUGACUGGGAAUUUGUGUUUUUCUUCAAGCCACAUGAAAUCAUAUUGUACGAUGAAUACAACUAACAUUAGGAACACCUUCCUAAUAUUGAGUUGCACCC